AUGGGGGAUGCGGAAGCUUUUAACGAUAAUGGGCUAGGUCCAAUUCCAUCUCGAUGGAAAGAUAAUUGCAAAUCUGAAGGAAAUUUCAACGCCACAAAGCAUUCUGUUGGUUCUUAUGUUAAUAAUGUCCAAUACUCUGGUCCUAAUAUGGGAACAGUAAGAGGUGCACGGUUGGCUAUUUAUAAGGUAUGUUGGAAAGAUAAUAGAACUGGCUCAUAUUGUUCUGAACCUGAUAUUCUUGCUGGUAUUGAUGAUGCUAUAAAAUACGGAGUUGACAUAAUAUCAGCGUCUAUUGGUGGUGGUGUUUUCUAUGCUGAAGUUCAUGAGGAAAAUUGUUUAGGAUUAGGAUCUUUUCAUGCAGUAUCCCAUGGCAUACCAGUUGUUGCUCCUGCAGGAAAUAGUGGACCUGACAGUAACACAAUCAACAAUGUUUCUCCAUGGAUCAUAAAUGUUGCUGCUAGCAAUUCCGAUAAAGAUAUCAUUACUCCUUUAACACUUGGAAACAACAAAACGAUAAUAGGUAAUGGAUUUUUUAAAGGGAAUGAUCAAGCCUUUGCUCCUUUGAUCAUUUUUGAAAAUAUAACAAGUCCUGAAGAAUUUAAAUCUGUUGUCAAUCAAGUGAAAGGAAAAGUUGUAAUGCUUUCCAUUCAAAAAACAGAUGAUAUAAUUAAGUGUAUGAGUCAUUUAAAGACUAGUGGAAUAUUGGCUGUUAUUGUUGCUAUUUCCCCUGAAGAUGAUAUCAUGGACUUGAAUUCAAUGGGUAUCACUAUACCAUUGUUUACGGUUGAUUUGGAGCAAGGAAAUCAAAUAUUUGAUUAUUUUCAACGAUGUAAAUCAAAGUAA